CUGUGUGUGUAUAUAUAGUUUCACCAUCACUUAUCUUCCCACUCCGCCACCGCUCUCCGCCGCAGCAGCGCCGUCUCUGCCGUAGGAAAGUGGCCAUUGUUGUGGAAUGAAGAUGACUUUUCUUCUUCUCUUCUUCCUUUUCCCUGUAGUCCUCUCUCUCAACCAUGAGGGUCUCAUUCUCCAGCAAGUGAAGCUCUCUCUCCUCGACCCCGACUCUUCUCUCUCCUCCUGGAACCCUAACGACGUCUCUCCUUGCCGAUGGUAUGGUGUCUCCUGCGGCGUGGGCUCCGUCACCUCCGUCGACCUUUCCGACGCUAACCUCGCGGGACCUUUCCCUUCCGUCAUAUGUCGUCUCCCAAACCUCUCGUUCCUUUCCUUCUUCAACAACUCCAUAGCCUCGAAUCUUCCUAUCGAUGUUGCGGCGUGUAAGAGCCUCGAGCAUCUCGAUCUCUCCCAGAAUCUCUUCACCGGCAAACUUCCGUACACUCUGGCCGAUCUCCCUAACUUGAAGUACCUCGAUCUAACCGGAAACAACUUCUCGGGUGAUAUUCCGGCUAGUUUCGGCGGGUUUCAGAAGCUCGAGGUUCUGUCUCUCGUGUACAAUCUCUUGGAUGGGACGAUUCCGCCGUUCCUCGGGAACAUAAGCUCGCUCAGGAUGUUGAACCUGUCGUACAACCCCUUUCGUCCCGGUCGUAUCCCACCGGAGCUCGGGAACCUGACGAAUCUCGAGGUUAUGUGGCUCACCGAGUGUAAUCUGGUCGGGAAGAUCCCUGACUCUCUGGGUGGACUCGGUCGUCUAACCGAUUUGGACCUCGCGCUGAACAAACUGGAGGGUCCUAUCCCGAGUUCGCUUGGCGGGUUGGCUCGUGUCGUCCAGAUAGAGCUCUACAACAACUCGUUGAGCGGCAAGAUCCCCCCGGAGCUCGGGAAUCUGAAGUCGCUGAGACUCCUCGAUGCGUCUAUGAACAGGUUGAGUGGCUCAAUACCUGACGAGCUUUGCCGGGUUCCAUUGGAGAGCUUGAAUCUCUACGAGAACGAACUCGAAGGUGAGCUUCCAUCGACCAUAGCACUGUCUCCGAACUUGUACGAGCUCAGGAUCUUUAGGAACCGCCUCACCGGCGAGUUACCUAGAGACCUCGGAAAAAACUCGCCGUUGAAAUGGCUUGACGUGUCAGAAAACGGAUUUUCCGGCGAGUUACCGGCGACUUUGUGCGAGAAUGGUGAGUUAGAGGAGUUGCUGAUAAUACAAAACUCGUUCUCCGGCCAAAUUCCUCAGAGUCUUAGCGAUUGCCGGAGCUUGUACCGUAUCCGGUUGGGACACAACCGGUUAUCGGAUCAGGUCCCUGUCGCAUUCUGGGGAUUGCCUCAUGUUUACUUGCUUGAGCUUGUCAACAACUCCUUCUCCGGCAAAAUUGCGAAGACUGUCUCAGGUGCAUCUAAUCUCUCUAUGUUGAUAAUAUCGAACAAUGAGUUCAGUGGCUCUUUGCCGGAGGAAAUUGGGUUCUUGGACAAUCUUAAUCAGUUAUCAGCGAGCGACAACAAGUUCAGUGGCUCAUUCCCUGGUUCCAUGGUGAAACUUGGGGGACUGAGUAUUCUUGAUCUUCAUGGAAACCAGUUUUCAGGGGAGUUACCGCGUGGAAUCGAGUCCUGGAAGAAACUGAACGAAUUGAAUUUAGCCAAUAACCAAUUUUCCGGUAGAAUCCCCAAUGAGAUCGGGAGUCUGUCUGUCUUGAACUACCUCGAUCUGUCUGAUAACCGGUUUUCUGGUGAAAUACCACUCUCUUUGCAGAAUUUGAAGCUAAACCAGUUGAACUUGUCGAAUAACAGGUUAUCGGGUGAGGUUCCUCCCCUACUGGCUAAAGAAAUGUAUAAGAAUAGUUUCCUUGGAAAUCCUGGUUUGUGCGGAGACUUGGAGGGAAUGUGUGGACGCUUGAGUGAAGCUAAGAACAAAGGAUAUCUAUGGCUUCUCCGGUCAAUUUUCAUACUUGCAGCAGUUAUCUUCCUCGUCGGUGCUGUAUGGUUCUACUUCAAAUAUCGAAACUUCAAGAAAGCAAGAGCCGUGGAGAGAUCAAAGUGGACAUUAAUGUCGUUCCACAAACUGGGCUUCAGCGAAAACGAGAUUCUUGAAAGCUUAGACGAAGACAAUGUGAUCGGAAUUGGAGCUUCUGGUAAAGUGUACAAGGUUGUUCUUACCAGUGGCGAGGUUGUAGCGGUCAAGAGACUAUGGACGAGAUCCAUAAAACAGACAGGAAACCAUGAUCCAGAGAAAGAUCAACUACCUAAGCCUCAAGACGAAGCCUUCGAGGCAGAGGUUGAGACAUUAGGCAAGAUCAGACAUAAGAACAUUGUCAAGCUCUGGUGUUGCUGUGUCACGAGAGAUUGCAAGCUCUUGGUUUACGAGUACAUGCCCAACGGUAGCUUGGGUGAUCUGCUGCAUAGCAGUAAAGGAGGAUUGCUGGGUUGGCUGACAAGGUACAAGAUUAUCUUCGAUGCAGCUGAAGGGCUGUCCUAUCUUCACCAUGACUGUGUUCCUCCGAUUGUACAUAGAGAUGUCAAGUCCAACAACAUUUUGAUCGAUGGAGAUUACGGGGCACGAAUUGCUGAUUUCGGGGUCGCUAAAGUAGUUGACUUGACCUGCAAGGCACCAAAGUCCAUGUCGGUUAUCGCUGGUUCUUGCGGUUAUAUCGCACCAGAAUAUGCCUACACACUCCGGGUAAACGAGAAGAGCGACAUAUACAGUUUCGGGGUUGUGAUGCUCGAGAUAGUCACCAGGAAACGACCCAUGGACCCCGAGCUGGGAGAGAAGGAUCUGGUCAAGUGGGUUUGCACCACACUAAAGGAGAAGGGCAUCGAUCAUGUCAUAGACCCGAAACUCGAAUCUUGCUUCAAGGAACAGAUAAGUAAAGUCUUAAACAUCGGCCUCCUCUGCACGAACCCCCUACCCAUCAACCGACCCUCCAUGAGAAGGGUCGUGAAGAUGCUGCAAGAAAUAAGCGGCGAAAAUCAUCACACGGCUUCCCAAAAGGACGGCAAACUGACUCCGUACUACUACGAAGACUCCUCGGAUCAAGCAAGCGUUGUCUGAAAACAAACUCCCAUUCAAAUCCUUACAUAUACAUAUAUGAAAUUCGAAUGGGAGAAAUUGAAAUUCUCUAGGAGAGAAAAGGAACACAGCUCUCCAAAUAUCCGUUGGCUCUUAAAGUUUGUGACUUUUGGGCAAACUAUGAUGACUACCCACUUGGGUUUUUUGCUCUCUUGCUUUAGGAGUUUUCUGAAUUUAAGGAGAGUAACGUUUUCACUGUAAAGUUAUCAAACCCGUCAGUGUGUUAAUUUAGAUUUA